GGCUGAAGAUCUUUCCAAUUCGUGGGCUGAAGCUCUAACCACGAUAAGCCAAGAUAAAUAAUAUAAAAUAUUAGUGAAAUAAUGUGGCUCCAAGCAAAUACACAAAAAUAUUGUCAUUUCCUCUUUAAAGGUGAACUGAACAACACCUGUAAAAUGUCACAUCUAGAACAACAACUUCAUAUAAAAAUUGAAAGCAUAAAAGAAGAAGCAGAUGCGUUCGAAGAAGGUCCCUUGGAUACAAAUAUAAAUUUGAAACAAGAGCCUGUUGAUGAUAUACAAGAUGAAAUUGUCAAAAAAGAGCUGUAUGCAGAUCAUGAAAUAAAGGAAGAGAUUGUCAUAGGACCUGAGGCGUUGCAGCAUUUGACGUCGAACUUUGUGCAGAGCACAUGUGUUGAAAUAAAAAAUGGUACUUAUACUAAAAAUAAUCCCUAUAAAUGUAAUAUUUGCAAAAAGUGUUUUAAAACACAACUACUUUAUAAGAUGCAUGCAAUGAGGCAUAUACACAAAUGUGAAAUUUGCAACAAAUGUUUAACAUCAAAACAAGGUCUUAAAGGACAUUUAUGGUCUCACACUACAGAGACACCAUACAAAUGUGAUAUUUGUAACAAAUAUUUCCAAACAAAACAAAUCCUUAAAGGGCAUUUAUUGACUCAUAGUGAAGACACACCAUACAAAUGUGAUAUUUGCAACAAAUGUUUAAAAACAAGACCAGGCCUUAAAAGCCAUUUAUUUACGCAUACUGAAGAGACACCAUACAAAUGUGAUGUUUGCAACAUAUGUGUAACAACAAAACGCAGCCUUACAAUGCAUUUAUUGACUCACACCAAAGAGACACCAUACAAAUGUAAUAUUUGCAAUAAAUAUUUAACAACAAAACAAUGUCUUAAAAAGCAUGUAAUGAGUCAUACUUUUGGGGCACCGUAAUAUGUACAACUUAGAAUAAUAAUGCAUAUUCUUAAAUGGACAACAUAAUGUGAUAUUAUGUUAUAACAUUGGUUAUGAUAUGAACCAGGACCGUAGACAAUACAGUUAAAAUAUUCAUUGCUUUUUAAAUGGGACUUUAUGGGGAAAUCCGAAAUCAUACAAGUUACAAAGAA